AUGCCUCAUUUACUUAUGAGCACACGAAUUCGUCUUGAACCCGGUCCGACUAUUGUCGGAGAUGAACGAGCAGAUCCUGAAAUUAUGAAUUAUUUAGGAGCAACACUUUGUCAUGAAAAAUGUAAUGAUUAUUCAGAAUAUCGCACAGAAGAUUGUGCUCGAAUCGUUCUUGACAAACUCGAAAAAAUUGGCUUUCGUGUUAUUUCAAUGACAGGCAUUGGUCAAACGUGUAUUUGGUUAUUACAUAAAGACUAA